GAGGCGCUUCAGUACAUGAAAAACAAUUAUACGAAUCACUACAAAGCUAACGAAACUUACGAAACAACAAAUACAAUGGCACCAGCUGUUGGUAUUGACUUGGGUACCACCUACUCAUGCGUAGGUGUUUGGCAACAAGGCAAAGUUGAAAUCAUCGCCAACGACCAGGGCAACAGAACAACACCAUCAUACGUUGCCUUCACCGACACCGAGCGUCUCAUCGGCGAUGCCGCCAAGAACCAGGUGGCGAUGAACCCAUCUAACACCGUGUUCGACGCCAAGAGGUUGAUUGGUAGAAAGUACGACGACCAAAAGAUCAAGAGCGACCUGAAACACUGGCCGUUCACAGUCGUCAAUGAUUGCGGCAAACCGAAAAUUGAGGUCGAGUUCCGUGGCGAGAGGAAGAGGUUCAGUCCAGAGGAGAUCAGCUCGAUGGUCCUGACAAAGAUGAAGGAAACAGCGGAAGCGUACUUGGGACAGAAAGUUAAGGACGCAGUUAUCACGGUUCCUGCGUACUUCAAUGACUCGCAGCGUCAGGCCACCAAAGACGCUGGAGCCAUCGCCGGUCUCAACGUGCUCAGGAUCAUCAACGAGCCCACGGCUGCGGCUCUGGCCUACGGCCUUGAUAAGAACCUCAGAGGGGAGAAGAACGUCCUCAUCUUUGAUCUCGGCGGCGGAACUUUCGACGUCUCAAUCCUCACCAUCGACGAGGGAUCGCUGUUCGAGGUGAAAGCCACGGCCGGCGACACCCAUCUCGGUGGCGAAGAUUUCGACAACCGGUUGGUCGAUCAUCUAUGCAAGGAGUUCGAACGUAAAUACAGGAAAGAUUUGAAGAAGAACGCGAGAGCACUCCGACGACUGAGGACCGCGGCAGAAAGGGCCAAACGCACUCUGUCAUCUAGCACUGAAGCGAGCAUCGAGAUCGACGCGCUCUACGAGGGUGUCGACUUCUACACCAAAGUCUCGAGAGCGCGCUUCGAGGAGCUGUGCGGCGACCUGUUCCGUGCCACUCUGGAGCCGGUCGAGAAGGCCCUUGCCGAUGCCAAGUUGGACAAGAGAUCUAUCCACGACGUCGUGCUCGUCGGCGGUUCAACACGCAUUCCGAAGAUCCAGAAUAUGCUACAAAAUUUCUUCUGUGGCAAGCAGUUGAACCUAUCCAUCAACCCCGACGAAGCAGUGGCCUACGGUGCGGCAGUUCAGGCCGCCAUCCUUAGUGGUGAGGGUGACAAGUGCACCACUCUUCAGGACGUGCUACUCGUAGACGUUGCGCCCCUGUCGCUCGGCAUUGAGACCGCCGGCGGCGUUAUGACCAACAUCAUCGAGCGCAAUGCUCGCAUCCCUUGCAAGCAGACGCAGACCUUCACCACGUACGCCGAUAACCAACCCGGCGUAACCAUCCAGGUGUACGAGGGCGAGCGCGCUAUGACAAAGGACAACAACCUGCUCGGUCGCUUCGAGCUCAGUGGUAUUGCGCCAGCUCCACGCGGCAUCCCCAAGAUCGAGGUCACCUUUGACAUGGACGCCAAUGGCAUCCUACAUGUCACCGCCAAGGACGAGGCUAGUGGUCGUAGCAACAACAUCCGCAUCACCAACGACAAGGGACGCCUGUCGCGGGCUGAGAUUGACCGCAUGCUCUCCGAGGCGGAGAAGUACCGCGAACAAGAUCAGGAGCAACGCGAGAAGGUAUCCGCUCGCAACCAGAUCGAGAGCUACGUGUUCUCGGUCAAACAGGCGGUGCAGGACAGCGGCAGCCGCCUCAGCGACACCGACAAGAACAUGGUGCUCAACCUGUGUGAGGACACCAUCCGCUGGCUCGAUAAUAACACCUUGGCUGAGAAAGACGAGUACAAGCAUAAACUGGAGGAGAUCCAGCGUCAAUGUUCGCCCAUCAUGACUAAGUUGCACUCGGGAGGCGCCUCGGCGGCCGGACCUCAGCAAAACUGCGGUCAACAGUUCCAACAGGCUGCAAAUAACAACUACUCAGGACCGACUGUCGAGGAAGUCGACUAAGCCCAACACCAUCGGGCUGCGUAAACACUACCAAGCUUCUUCCGGCUCCUACCAUCCGCGAGUCGUCGACGACGAUUUUAGUGUGCUAAGAUAUUGGCAGUAUCUCAUCGUUCAUUCCCAAGAGACAGAUCUAAUUAUUUUUCCAAAGUUGUUUCAUCGAUACGAAACGAAUUUAUAAGACUGUUAGAUUAAUUUUCAUGUCGGGGCUUUUUGAUUCAGUUUCAAUGGCUUUAUUUGGUAUUCAAGGCUGCUUUGCAAGCUCAGCAAUGAGUUUGUGAUCCAACUUCGGUUAUCAAAUUGGGUUUAUAGGGUCCGAAUCAAAAAGUCCUGUAACCAGUUUUAUCAGCUAUCUAUAACAUUUCUUUUUUUAGUUAUUUUAUAGACAGAUGGUUAAACUGGCUCUUCAUUGUGAUAUUCGUUAGAAAAGAAAUAAAUUAUUUAAUUUUUUUAUACAA